AUGGAAGGAACUGUGUGUCUCAAUGUUGAUGGAAGCCUUUUCGGCGCUACAAGUUCAGCUGGUUACGGUGGUCUGAUUCGGGAUCAUAACGGUGUUUUUAUUUUGGGUUUCUACGGAGCUGCUAAUGUCCGGAGUAUCUUAUUCGUAGAACUCAUGGCUGUGUUACAUGGUUUACAUAUAUGUUGGGAAAGUGGGUUCCGUCGGAUUACAUGUUACUCAGACUCGCUUCAGUCAGUUAACCUUAUUCGGGAAGGUGUGUCUGCUCACCACAGGUUCGCUAAUGAAGUCUUCAGUAUUCGUCAACUCCUCGCUAGAGAUUGGGAGGUUGCGAUUAAACAUACGCUACGGGAAGGUAAUGCGUGUGCGGAUGCCUUAGCAAAGAUGGGUGCGUUAUCUGACUCAUCUUUAGUGAAAAUCUCUACGCCCCCAAGUGACCUCUCUAUGCUCUUGCUCGCUGAUGCGCAGGGGAUAGUCUUCAUCCGGGAGUAG